GUCACUUGCAUCGGAGAAUACACCUUUGUGUGGAUGUAAAGGUGUUCGGACAUGCAAAAUUUGUCAGCCUAAUAAUCCGCUUACCUGGGUAUGUAGUUUUCACAUUAUACUUAUUUGGUUGACAGGAUCAUCUACCUCAAUUCGAGUCUACCUUUUGCAGUGACUGUGCUCUCUGCUAUCGGGGUUCACACCAAUGUCACGGUUCACCAGCGUGUGGAGAAUUUACUUUUCAGGGUAUCUCCGUGGUGUCAGAUUUUGUAACAAAAGAGGAAGAAGCCUGGUUGCUGGCCCAAAUAGACCAAAAUCCAUGGGCACUGUCUCAGUCCGGAAGGCGUAAGCAGGAUUACGGUCCCAAGGUCAAUUUCAAACGACAACGAGUCGUGCCUGGUCGUUUCACUGGCUUACCAUCGUAUAGCCGCUUCUUAGUGGAUCGUAUCAAUCAAACACUUCAGACCUCCCUUGUGCGCCAAACCUUCAUCCCAGUAGAGCUGUGCAAUUUGGAGUACUGCCCGGAGCGGGGUGCAUCCAUUGUUCCGCAUCUGGAUGAUGUAUGGCUCUGGGGUGACCGACUCGUCACCUUGAACCUUUGCUCACCAACGACGCUCAUUUUCACUCUUCCGAAUUCUGGUUCACCCGAAGUCCUGGCCGAAUUUGAACGGAUCCGAUCAGAUCUAGGCCAACAAGCCGAAAUCACUUCAUCAAGUGACGUGGCUGUUCGAGUCCAGUUGCCUCGACGCAGCCUCGUUGUCGUGUUUGGACCGGCUCGUUACGUUUGGCACCAUUCCAUUCGCUCCGUCGAUAUUCAGUCUAGACGCAUUGCCAUGACCUUUCGAGAACUGAACAAGCAAUUUAUCCCGCAAACAAGCAGUUCGGAAUCGGAGCAAUGUACUGAGGACCAACUAGUAGGUGGAAAGCUCCUGCAGAUCGCUCAAACAUUUCGGGGGGCCGUUUGCACAGCACAUUGAUGGGCGUGGUGCAAGAAAGUGUAAAUAUACUUUUGAACCUACU